AUGACUAAUCCGGCAGGCAAAGAAAAGGCACCCGAGGAAAAGGAUGUGAAAAACCCGAUGCAUAUAAAGCGUGCGUCCACGGAGAAGCUGCGUGAAAUCUUUGGCAAAUAUGCAACCCAGCAAGUGAAUGGCGAACCGUAUAUGACCAGCGAAGACUUCGUGAAGAGCUUUCUCGGACAAUCGUACAAUGAGGAAUCGAUCAAACUAAUCGCCGGUAUUGCCGACACCAGCAAGGAUGGGCUCAUCUCGUUCGCCGAGUUUCAGGCGUUCGAGGGUCUGCUCUGCACACCGGACGCCCUGUACAAAACCGCGUUCCAGCUGUUCGACCGUAACGGUAACGGCUCGGUCACGUACAGUGAGUUUGUCGAUGUUUUCAAAAAGACAGAUCUGCACGCUAAAAUACCGUUCAAACUGGACGGCCCUUUCAUACAGCUUUACUUCGGCAAGGACCGGCAGCGUGUGAUCAAUUACGUCGAGUUUAGCCAGUUUUUGCACGACUUCCACGAGGAGUGUGCGAUGGAGGCGUUCCGCUUGAAGGACACCUCCGGUUCCGGGUUUAUCUCGGCCCUCGACUUUCAGGACAUUAUGGUAAACGUGAAGAAGCAUCUGCUCACUAGCGAGGUGCGCGAUAACUUGAUUGCGGUUACCGAGGGGCACCGGGUGAGCUUUCCCUACUUUAUGGCAUUUAAUUCGCUGCUCAACAAUAUGGAGCUGAUCAAGCGCAUUUACCUGAACGCGACCAGUGGCAACCGGGCGGAACCGAUCACCAAGGACGAGCUGUUGCAUUCCGCGCAAACGAUGAGCCAGAUAACGCCACUGGAGAUAGACAUACUGUUCCAGCUGACCGGCGUUAUACAUCAGAGUGGUACAUCCAUUUGGUGGCGGCAUAGCAAAACGAUAGACAAAAAUAGACGGAUCGUGUACAAUGAUCUUAGCAACAUUGCGCCGGAACACUACAUAAAGAACAUCACGCAUCGAUUAGCAGAAAUUAAAGCCGUCGAAUCGCCCGCCGAUCGAUCGUUCUUGAUCCAGAUAAUGGAGAGCACGUACCGGUUUACGCUUGGUUCAGUUGCUGGCGCUGUCGGUGCCACGGCGGUCUAUCCGAUCGAUUUGGUGAAGACACGCAUGCAGAACCAGCGUACCGGCUCGUUUAUCGGUGAGGUGGCGUACCGGAACUCGUGGGAUUGCUGCAAGAAGGUUAUCCGGCACGAGGGCUUCCUUGGGCUGUACCGUGGUUUGGUACCGCAGCUGAUGGGCGUCGCACCGGAGAAAGCGAUCAAGCUGACGGUGAAUGACUUUGUGCGGGAUAAGCUAACGGACAAGCAGGGCAACAUUCCGCGAUGGGGCGAAGUGCUUGCUGGCGCUUGUGCCGGUGGUUCGCAAGUGAUUUUCACCAACCCGCUGGAAAUCGUGAAAAUUCGGCUACAGGUGGCCGGUGAGAUUGCGGGUGGUGCCAAGGUCCGGGCGCUCAGUGUGGUCCGCGAGCUCGGUCUGUUCGGUCUGUACAAGGGUGCGCGUGCCUGUCUGCUCCGGGACGUACCGUUCUCGGCGAUCUAUUUCCCGAUGUACGCACACACGAAGGCAGCGUUUGCGGACGACGAGGGCUACAACCAUCCGCUGACACUGUUGGCGGCCGGUGCCAUCGCUGGCAUACCGGCGGCAUCGCUCGUCACACCGGCGGACGUGAUCAAGACCCGGCUGCAGGUGGUGGCCCGCACCGGCCAAACGACCUACAGUGGGGUGAUGGAUGCGGCAAGAAAGAUUAUGGCCGAGGAGGGUCCGCGUGCCUUUUGGAAGGGAACAGUCGCUCGCGUGUUCCGAUCGUCACCACAGUUUGGUGUGACCCUAGUGACGUACGAGCUGUUGCAGCGCAUGCUGUACGUAGACUUUGGCGGAUCGCGUCCGGCCGGUUCUGACGUCGCGAAGGCAAAGGUUGAUCUAGCCCGCGUUAAUCCGGAUCACAUCGGUGGCUACCAGGCGGCCCUGCCCAUGCUGAACGGCAUCGAAACCAAGUUCGGGCUCAGUCUGCCUCGCUUCGGCAGUCCGGCACUGAAACGCCAAGCGUCUUGA